CUGUCUGCAUUUGUGAAUGUGAUGAAUGAAUCUGUGAAUAAAAAAAACGGAACGAACCGAACCGAAUGAUAGUGCUCGAUAGAGAUACGCGGGGACAGAAAAUAAAUUUUGUAGUAAAAUUAAACCAGUGUUUAUUAUUUAGACAGUGGUAACUAGUGCAAUAAUCAAGGAAUCGUGGAAAGUGUAUUUUAUUAUGCGUGAGAAAACUUUGAACCCAAUACGUGAACGUGUGUAUAAAAGAACUGUUACGGUACUGAUGGAUGGAGUCUUUGGGGUUUUUGGCAGCAAGGUCACAGCUGCAGUAAUGAUGUAAAUUAUGACAAAAUUUAAAUCAGCACACUCCGGUUACGGUCAUCAUAAUUGAUUUCGGCACUUCGUCAAGCUGGCGGCCCUUCAGGAUGUGGCUCGCGCGCCCUCGCUAGCACCGCGCGACGUACGCCACGUAGCCACAAUCACAGGUCUACUGAUGACAACCUGAACUCUCGACCUAAUACAAGAAUGAAAGGUACAAACACAGUUAAAGUUUGUCUUGAAUGGCAUGCUUGUAAUUGUCAAGUUUUACAUAUUUUUAUUAACAAGUCUAAUAGAAAGUAAACUUUGUCAUCACAUCAACUUACGGCACAUUACUUAAAAUGUCUUGACACAUUGUCAAACACUAACAAUUCGUGUUUGUUCACAAAUCAUUUUAAUUUUUUCCUAGAAGACAUUCAAACAUCUUUAUGUAGACUUGAUGGGAUUUUUGCGAUCGAAUGGAAGGUAUCUACACAAUUAAUCUUUUUAUUUGGCUUUCAUUUUAUCUGAUAAGAGCAAUCUGAAACGGAAAGUGAAUCGAAAGUGAAUCGACAACGACGUCAAAGAAAACGAGCCAAUUAAUCUGUUGUAUUGAAUCUAUAUAUCGUAGCACCGCUAUGAACUGUUAGCCUUAUGUAAUCAAUUCUUAUAGAGUUCAUCUGAAGUUGGAAUUCAACAGAAUGGACUUUUGACGCGCAAUCGUAAUUUGUUUCUCUUCCUCAUUAAUUAAAUAAAACGCUACCAUUGCAUUUACAAAUGUCUGUAAUAGUCGUUACAUUGAGGCACAGUGAUUGUUAUGUAAUGAAUAAUUUGUUUGUUAUUUUUUGUUUAGAGUUUUUUGAUAUAUGAAGUGAUUGUGUUAAAAUGUUAGACCCUAAUUCAUGGCGCUACGACAAGGCCACAAAAUUGCGUCACCAAAUUAGCGGGGCAGCCCGUGCCGGAGGUGACCCCGCUAUGGUAGCGAUGCCAACAUAUUGACGACAUCCUUAUUUUUAUUGGUUAUUCGAAUGAGUACGUCGACCGUACCGCCUCCGCCACUGAACUGUGCGUGUGGCCUCGCAAUGCGUCUAUUUACAGGCCUUUCUAUAUCAAUUGUAACCAAAUGUAUUAUCCCACUAUCACACUAAAAUAGAACUCGUAGAAUUUCUCCGUACUGAAACUAGGACAAGCAAAGCAUAGUUCGCACAUGCAGGUUAAAAGUAAUGCUGUUAAGAUAAACGUGUAACACUAGAAUCUACUAUCUAUAUCUUCGAGGUAUUAUUUUAUCUGAAAACUAUACAACAAAGCCAUUUGUGUAUUUGUUUAGUACUUGGUGGAUUUGGAUGCAGUUUUCACGACGUUUUGUGCUGAAAAUAGAAAAUUAAGUGUUAAAGUGUUCCACCAGUUUACCUAAUUUGGUCUAAAUUCCAAUGUAGGUGUAGUGCAAAUUUUAAUCUAUGCUAUCCGGGUCGUGCACAUGUGCUGUUGACACAGUUGUUAAAGAUCAGGUGUCGUGACGUUACACUCAUUAGCGAGAUGAACAUUGUGAUACACUGGUAGUAAAAGUUGCUGCAAUGAUGAAUUAGCGUGUGAUCGGUGCAGUGCAAUAGAAUCAAGACAUUAUAGGUAGCUAGAGGCUGCAGAACUAGCGUACCUACACAGUCAGUAUAAGGCACGCGACACUAACGCAGACUGUUAUACAAAGAGAUUGUUAUAACUUCUAUGAAAUGCCAGUUACUUGUAGUUAUGAUUGUUGAUAAGUCACGUUGACUCUUUUAUUUUACUUGAUUCAUUGUUGCUAGUGUAGGCGAUCGGUUCAGUGCUAUUCGUUAUCGGAUUUAUGACGUUGCGUAGGUAUACAUUAUCUCCUAUCAGAAGCUAAUUACAUCGGCGAUUGUUUGGAACUUCGCUACACGGUGCACGUCCGCAGAUACGUUGGUGAAAGUGAUGUUAUUUGUUGUUGUACUUAAAAUAGUGGCGAUGUGAUGUGAUCAUUUAUAUCAGUAUAUGUUAGUGCAAUAUAUGUGAACGGAUGAUGACUGAGAAAAGACACCGACCUAGACCACGACGUCGGGAUGAGUUGCACGAGAGGCAACAGGACUUGCUUCUUGCUUGGAGUCAUGAGGUGUGCAAUAGCGAGGAGGUGCCCGAGGUAGAGAUAGUCAGUCUCCUACAAGAACAUAUACCCAAAUAUCGCUUGAGAGCGGACAGUCUCACACAAUUUGGAGGAUACGAGAACCAAGAUUGGUUCAUACCAUCGCCGGCGCUACCGGUGAGCGACAAGGAUCUAGCGCUCACGCCUGACCAGAUCAGGGAGACUCUCAAUUAUUUCCUUCUAUGCAGCAACAGGGUGAGCCAAAUGACAAAAACCUACAAUGACAUCGAAGCGGUAACACGGCUCUUAGAAGAAAAAGAAAAAGAUUUAGAGCUAACGGCUCGCAUCGGUAAGGAAUUGUUGACUGCUAAUGGUCGUUUGGAAGCACGAGUCACCGCGCUCGAGGGCGAGCUGCGAAGCGCACGGGAUCACAUCACUCAGCUGAGGCACGACCUCAACGCAAAAACAGACUUACUACAGGUUUUGACCAAUGACACAGAGGAGUGCUCAUCCCCCGAGGAGCAGGAGGCUGCUAACGCGGCCCUGCUGCGGAAGCGGACCGGCGCACUCGAGCGGGAGAACCGAGCGCUGCGCGAGGAGGCCGCGCGCCUCGCCGCCGGCGCCGACACCGCCGAGCUGGCCGAACGACAGCUGCUUAGGGACAUCGCCCACCAGCUCUCCAGUGCGAAUUCGGAGGCGAGCGCAUUGGGGUCAGAGUUGGUGGAGGAACGGCAGCGUUCGGCAGACCUUCAGCAACAACUUGACAAUAUCAAUGCAAGGCUCAUCGUCAGCGAAAGGAAUUAUCAACAGUUAAAUGCCGAGCACGAGCACACGUUACGGAUAUUAGAAAUAACAAAAGAGAAUCAAAAUGCUCUCGCCGCCGAGCUCGCCGACACGAAGGAGCGCUACAUGGAGGUGGCGGCGCACCUGUCGGAGGCGCAGGAGCAGCUGCGCGCGCUGCGGCGGCGCGGCGAGGCGGUCCGCGGGCUCAUGCCCAGCGUCGCCGCCGCCGCCGGGCUCGCGCCGCCCAGUCUACACCGGGAGAUGCACUCCUCCAUCUACUCCGAGCUCAGCCUUGAUUCUGGCAUCGGCGAUCCUCUCGCACAAUCAAGCAUGCACAAAGUGUUUGAGACCGUGCAGUGUGCAUCGCGAUGGUCGACCCAGUCCGGGCCGUCGCUGCCCGGCUCCGACGUGGCGGACGGCCCGUCGGCCGGCGCGGCCUUCAUGCGCGCGCCCGUCAAACCUUCCAGCGACUCCUUCCUCGAUGACACUUCCGAUACCGACUCGGACGACUUGUAUCCCGGAGGUCCAGGCGUAGGCGUGCCGGGCGCGCCGGGCGCGGCGGAGCUAGCGGCGGCGCUGCGUCGCCUCACGCCGCAGGAGAUCAACUCGCGCCGCGCCUCGCUCACCGCCAGCCAUGUCCUGCGCACGCGCCGGUACACCGAGCGUGACUCGAGCGAAGAGAGUGCUGUAUGGGGUGCCGGUGCAGGUGGCAUGGCGCGGUUUCGUCCGCCACACAAGUUGCAGAUUGUUAAACCAAUGGAAGGCUCUCUCACCUUACAUACUUGGGCUCAACUAGCCAAGCCUUCAAUGUCAGGUCUGUUAGAAGAACAAGAGGGCGUCGGUGUCCGCGGCUCUAGGUCGACAGGGCUCGGAACACGGCUCUACAGACUGUCAGACGUCGAGGAAGACGACGACAUGCCACGCCUACCACAUUCUAGUCACAUUUAUACAUUCGUCAACAGCACGGUGAUGCACCCGAACGACGGCAGCCUGGCGGGCAGCAGCGCCAGCAGCGUGUGCAGCAGCGGGCUGAGCAGCCUGGCCAGCAGCGUGCUGGGCAGCGCGUGGAGCUCGCGCCGCACGUCGCGCCGCUCCUCCGCCGGCGGCUCGCCCGUGCACUCGCGCCGCGACUCCGUCUGCCUGCCGCCCUCGCGCGCGCACUACACGCCCACGGCCACGCCCGCCAACAGCCCGCUGCUGGGCUCGCCCGACUCCACGCCGCCCGCCUCGCCGCGCCCCGGGGACGCGCCGCCUUCCUUGCAUGCUCUCAUCGCCUCCGGCACGUCCAUCCUGCGGCGGCGGCAUCUGGCGUCGCCCGGCGGUGACGGCUCGCCCGCACCCAUCGCCCUGCAGACGCCCGGGUCUCUCUACACUGGGCUCAUGCAUCGGAGCCCCAUGGAACAGCUCACGUGCCUCAAACGUACCUUACGCUCACCGGCCGCGCCGGCGUCGGAGAGACGUCUGGGAGAGCCCGUGGAGCCACCGAUGGGAGUGCCGGCCCACCCUGGGUCUGGCGCCCUGGACACAGCAAGUACAGCAGGCGCACCGGGUUGCUUGAGACGAGCGCCCCGAGCCCGUGCGCCGCGGCCCCGCUCGGACCUGGGCACGGUGGGGUCGAGUGUGCCGGCGCCAACGCCGACGGCGCCGGCACACUCAUCUCAGUCGUCGGCGCUGGGCACGUUGAGCCUACUGUUCGGUCGGAAAGGAGGUCUUCUCUAGACGAGUCCAUCUUCAUUUAUCCGUGAGCGACGGUGCGUCCUCAUAAACAGGAGAACUCGUUAAUUAGCUUUUCACCGUCCUUUGAUUUUGUUUUCUAAAAUGUAAAUUUUUUUUAGAUUGUUUUUUUUUUUACGUUUUGACGUGUGUAUUUUGGAAUUAUUUUGUUGAGUCGAGGUAGGCUCGAGUGCAUUUAUAAUAAUGUAGGUGCGUCAUAGUCAUCUCCCAUAAUAACAUCUUUAAAAGUUUAGGCGCCUUAUUAUGCGCAUAAAUAUUUUACGUAAGCAUGUAGCUUCCUGUAUGAAUGUGUGCGUAAUUUGGUGAGUUCAUUAGAUUAUGUUCGUCCUUUUGGCAUUUUCUACUGGGAGUAGGCGUAGUUUGCAUUUGAUUCAGAGAAUUAAGGAUAAAUGAGAUUUGAUUGAACAUCCAAACGAAACGACUCAUCAUCACACGAAUUAUUAAUCGUUUGUAACUUAAAUGUUUUAUACUUAAUUGAUGCUAUUAAUUUGGUUUAUUUGUAGUUAUAUGAACCAAACAAUCCUGAAACAGAAGUCUGUAGUAUUAUAUUAUAAUUAUUUAAGGGUUGUAACAUUUCUUAGGAUAGGUAAAUAGUGAGACUUAACACUAGGUUUUGUAGGUGCUUUAUAAGUAAUAAUUUACAUAUUCCCAAAUCUCAUCUCAUUGCGUAGUAUUUUCAUGCUUUAUGAUUAUUACUAUUUCUCUAGUUAUAAAUUUUGUAUGUGAUUGUAAAUAAUUGAAUUUCCAUUAACUUAGAAGAGUACAAAAUAUUUAUGUUAAUGAAUCCGAUUUAGUGUAAUUCAUAAUGAAUAGAAGAUCGUCAUCAUAAUUUUCUUAUUAAAUCCGUUUUUUACCAUUGUAUUGGUAUGUAUUGGCAUUAAAUACUGUCGAAAGUCGAAAUUGAUUCGUUUAAUCAGCAAUUCUUUCAUGUGUAAAUUGUUAAUAACAUAGGGUCUGAGUAAAAUAAUGGUGCAUGCCAUAGGAUAAGUAGUACUGAAUUCUUUUUUAAAUUUGUUAAUUCAAUGAAUACGUGUAAGUAUUCCCUUUCAUUUAUUUCGUAAUAGCAAUCAGUUGAUACUUCAUUUCACAGUUAAUGUUAGGUUAUUGAAAUUGGUGCUAGAUAUUUGUUUUCAGCCAGUGAAGUACUGUUUUCAUUGUGUUUGUUCAUUCAUACUUUGGGCCAGGGUUUCACUGUUAUGUUCAUAAUACAACAAGAAUCAUUACAUGUAAAGAAACAGUAACAUGUGAAAGGGCUGUGAGGUGAUUGAAUGUAUGAUCGUUAAGAGUGUCUGGUAAAUAUCUGAGAUUACAAUAUUACUACAGUGAGAUAGGCACAAACUGUACGUAGUCUAAGGAGAAUUGUUGAUAUUUUGACGAUAAUGAAAAAAGGAAAAUGAUUGAAUUGUAAAGAGAUAUAAUAUAAUUUAUUGAAUGAAAA